ACCAACUGCAUAAAUCAAGCAAAACCAAAUUCAACACAACAUAAACAACGUUAACAUUCUUUUCAAUUCUAGAACAGAACCUCAAUCCAAGGAUAUGGUCAUUGUAGGGUCACUCUCAAUAAUAUUUUCCCUUCUUCUAAUUUAAAUCAAACCUUCUCCUCUCUAAAAUUUUCAUUCCAACAUGAAGAACACUAACACCAACACAAAAUUCAUUCUUCUCCACCCAUAUAUCCAGAAACAAGGAAGCUCCAACCGCCUAUGGCUUCUGGCCUUCAUAUCCUUCUUCACCCUCGCCUUCCUCGCCACCCUCAUUUACACCAGAGACACAACCUCAUCCAUCACCACCACCAUCUCUUCCACCCCUUUAUCUACUUUCACCAACACCCCUUUGCCUUCCUCCGUCAUCAACACCCUCCUCCACUAUGCCUCCAAAUCCAAUGACACCUACCACAUGUCCCACUCCGAUCUCAAAACCAUCUCCGACGUCCUCCGAAAGUGCUCCUCACCAUGCAACUUCCUCGUCUUUGGCCUCACCCCGGAGACCCUCCUCUGGAAAGCCCUCAACCACAACGGAAGAACCGUUUUCAUCGAUGAAAACCGGUACUACGCCGCCUACUUCGAAGAAAAGCACCCCGAAAUCGAUGCCUACGACGUGCAAUACACCACCAGAAGGAGCGAGAUGAAGGAGCUGAUAGCUUCCGCUAAAGAACAGUCCGGAAACGAGUGCAGGCCGGUGCAGAAUCUUCUGUUUUCUGAGUGCAAGUUAGGACUCAACGAUCUUCCCAACCACGUUUAUGAAGUGGAUUGGGAUGUGAUAUUGGUGGACGGACCAAGAGGUGACUGGCCCGACGCCCCCGGAAGAAUGUCUCCGAUCUUCACCGCCGGCGUGCUUGCCCGGAGCAAGAAGAGUGGGAACCCGAAGACGCAUGUGUUUGUGCAUGACUUCUCAGGGAAAGUGGAAAGGAUCUGCGGGAACGAGUUUCUGUGUAAGGAAAAUUUGGUGGAGACAACGCACUCUUUGGGACACUAUAUUCUGGAAAAAAUGGAGGAGAGUAGCGUGAAGUAUUGUAAGGAUCAUAACCACUCAUCAGGAUCUUCUUCUUCCUCUUAGUUGCUGUAAUCUUCCACGUUACAAUAAGCUUUGUGCAGAAGUAUAUCAUAUCAGAGUCAGCCAUGUGGAUAUUUAUGAUCGUUUUAGUUCCAUUGUUUACUUCUUCGCUGGAGCUUGUAAAAGAUAAUUCUUUCUUUCU